CCCCAGGUUAUUAAUAAUUAAUGACGGCAGCCUGUGGCGCUGGUGGUUGUGCACGGGCGCACAGAUAACUACGUGACGCGGACGAGCUGGCCUGUCCUCCUGCCCCGCACAUAAGGAAAAGGCUGGAGUAGGCGCACGCCUGUUGAAUUGUUCUUAAGGGGGGCGGCGGUAGACGGCGGCGAGCGGUUAUAUCCGGAUGCCCCGCCCCCCGCGCUCUCUGACGCCUCAUGAAUAUUGAAUGAGCUCGAGGGAGGAGGGCGGUCUGUUGCGCUUUACGGCGGCGCGUGAGCGUGUUGGAAAUGGUAGCAAGAUGGCGGCGCUGAAGGAGGACCAGUGCUACGGGCUGUCCUGUGGAAGAGUGAGCAACGGCAGCAACGUCUCCGUCUUUCACGUUAAGCUCACUGACAGCGCCUUAAAAGCCUUCGAGGGCUAUCAGAGCAGCAAGACCCUGCUGUCUGCACAGCCAACAAUCCGAUUUACUGGAAACCAAGGGAAAAUCACCAUACCGCGGUCGGAGAGCGGCAAUGACGUGCGCACGUUUACCUUCUACCUGUCCAACGUGGGGAGGGACAACCCCCAGGGCAGCUUCGACUGCAUCCAGCAGUAUGUCAGCAGCGAUGGAAGUUUCCAGCUAGACUGCCUGGGCGGGAUACAGGAUAAGAUCACGGUCUGCGCCACCGACGACUCCUACCAGAAGGCCAAGCAAAGCAUGGCCCAAGUGGAGGAGGAGACGCGCAGCAGGAGUGCCAUAGUCAUCAAGCCUGGCGGCAGGUUCAUGGGCAAAAAAGUUCAGAUCCGGAAACCAGCAUCUGGCGUCACGGACAUCGCCCCCUCGCGGAGGGUGUCGCGGCCGGUGAUCGUGGCCAGCGCCAUGAAGAAGGGCAGCAGCGCGGCCCAGCAGAGGCCCCUGCGGGAGCGCGUGGUGCACUUCCUCGCGCUGAAGCCCUACAGGAAGCCGGAGCUCAUCCUGCGCCUGCAGAAGGACGGGCUCUCGCCGCAGGACAAGGACUCCCUGGACAGCCUCCUGCAACAGGUGGCGAAUCUGAAUGGGAGAGACAACACUUUCACGCUCAAGGACUGCAUGUAUGAGGAGAUACAGAAGAACUGGCCAGGGUACUCUGAAGGAGACCAGCAGCUGCUGAAGAGGAUUCUUGUCCGGAAGCUGUGUCAGUCUCAGUCGCAGAACACGCUUGCAGUCCCUGGGGAGGGUCCUGCCAGCCCCCCCAAAGACCUCGCCAACUCUUCCCCAUCCCAGAAACGGCCGGCUGUGGAGUUUAUCGACCCCUUGGCCAACAAGAAGCCCCGGAUAUCCCACCUAGCCAGUAAAUCCGCCAGCACCUUCAACGGAAAGCUUAACCCUUCCAACGGCAGGGAGAGCGCGACGGUGGCGCAGCCUGCCGCCGGGGACUCCGCGCCUCCCGCCGCUCCCACUGCCGCCUCCCACGUCCCCCUGCUGGACAUCCCGCGGCCCUGCGACCCCCUCUCGGACGUCAGCAACGACUCCCUGCCCGGCGACCCCCGCCUCGCCGGCCCCCCGGAGGACGCCGGCCCCGCGGCCUCCGCCUCCUUGCACGGCAAGUCCAAGAAGAAGUCGAAGAAGCACAAGGACAAGGAGAAGCCGAAGGAGAAGGAGAGGAAGGCCGGAGAGGAGCCGGGCACGGAGCAGAGGAAGAGCUGCGAGCCCCCCGGUGGGUCCGAGGCCCGGCAGAGCGGCGCCCCACAGAGCAGCACGGACCUGAAUGGAGUGUGCAGCAACUCCAGUGUUCCCAAGUCAACAUCGGAGAUGGCAGACUACUUGUUAAAAUACACCGUGAUCGCAUCCCAGGAGCAGCGGCAGAGCUACAAGAACGACUUCAACGCGGAGUACAGCGAGUACCGGGGCCUGCACGCCAGGAUAGAGCGCAUAACCCGCCAGUUCACCGUGCUCGACUCGGAGCUGAAACAGCUCCAGCAAGGCACAGACAAGUACAAGACAAUCCAUAACCAGAUUUUGCAAGAGUAUCGUAAAAUUAAAAAGACUAAUCCAAACUAUACCCAAGAGAAGAAUCGGUGUGAAUAUCUACACAACAAGCUUGCACAUAUAAAGAAACUGAUAGCAGAAUAUGAUCAACAGCAACUGCAGAACUGGCACUAGUACUGUUCUCUUCUUUUGGUGUUAUUUUUUGUUUUUUGGGUGGGGCUGGGGGUUUUGGAAACCAGGAAGAGAAUGAGCGGACUCUGCUUCUGUCCGAAACGCUUCGUUUCAAAGAUGCCAAGAAGGGAGAGUCUUGGUCGCCCUCAGUGGGGACCGAAGUGGUCGGAGAAGGCACAAUGAGGGCAUGACCUGGCAUGUUUCUAACUCCAGGGGGCAGUAUCACACCUACAAUUCUUUGUCUUAAAUUUCAUUUUGUUGUUGAUCUCCCCCCCCCCCUCCCCUAAAAGGCACAGGAGUCUCCUAAAAGUGUGAAAGGGAAUUCCAGACCCUUUAGGAGAUCUCCCAAAAAUGAGUAUUCAUGCUUAGGAAUCUGGGAGCUCAUAGCUUUGAUAAGGAUUCAGCAGAAUGUAUGCCAAAUGUUAUCAGUUAUUUAAAAGAGAAUUUAAAUAUUUUUUCUUCCUAUUUUGUUGAAAUGGAAGGUUCCGAUGCAAACGCAUGUGAAUAAGUUGUAUUAAAUUUACUCCUUUUUUUUAAUUUAUUCUUUUUUUUGGACUUAAAUAGGGAUUAUAAUUUGUUAGAAUUUUACACUCCUCCACACCAGUGCUACAAAACAGUCUUUUGGUUUUGUCUUCUUGCCCUGUCAGCCAUUAUUUUUUGCAGAUUCUGCCUAAGAAAUUCAUGACCCUUUGUUGGAGCUCUAUUUAACUUUUUAAAAAUACCUUUCCCUGGUGAAAGCAGUAGGAUGUUAUGCACCUGCACUGGUGCUAAUCCUUAAAUGUUCUUACCAUCAUCUGGCAGCAGUUAUCGAGCUCACCAUCGAAGAUUCUAACUUGCUUGAAAAAAAGCAAGGAACAAGUUUCUUUCUGUCUGUUUGCCUGACCUGAUGGGAUCAGUUGUUGGUAACGUUGAGGUCAUAACCCAGGUCUCGGUUAACAUUGUCAGUGUGAUCUGUUUUGCAGUGGCUACAAGUCAAAACAAAGCAUUUGAUACUUUAAUUGUCACUCGGAGGAUGUUUAAAAAAGUCUCUCAUGAAACUCAAGUUCUGUCAUGUGACAGUAAAGCUUUAUAUGCCAAAAAACUUUUUUUUUUCCUCUUUUGCUUUUUGUUGUGCCCUUUACGUUUCACCUUUCAUCACUGAAUUGUUGCUCUUAUAAGUCAGCACCAUGGAUUCGUUGCUUAUAAACCUCAACACUCCAGUGCUGGUUUCCCUUACACUUGCACUGGUGUUUAAAGCAUUUGCACAAAAGAAAAAGCUUAAUCUUGAUGCAUCUUGAGAGAAGAGUUCUGGUUAGUUGCUGUACAGUUCUGGUAUUUAUUGUACAGAGUGUAGAGAUGGAAAGCAUUUGUAUGCAAACAUUUCUAGCCUCUGCAUUUACAAAAUCGUCCUCUUGAGUUGGAAAUUUCGACUGUUGCCAUACUUGAAGGUCUCGAAGAUUGUUGACCCUAAUAUUUUAAUGGUCUUGAAUCCUUGUGUAACUGAACCCAACUGAAUGGCUGUAAUGAGUCUGAAGUUUUGAAGCUGUCUGCUGUUGCUGGUUUAUAACCAAUCCGUGACUCCUUUUGUGAACGUUCAGUGUAGUUCACCAUCAGUUAUUUCCCUGAGAUCCCAACUGGCUACAUCUUAGAUGCACUUUUUAUAUGAACAUUAAUAAUCCAGCACUUUAACUGUGAGAGAACGCCUUGUCAUGUGCACCUGGGGAUCAGUCAUGAUGGCAAAUAGCAGGAGAUUUCCUCAUCCCCGAUGGAAGUUUGCCUUUGGCAUUCAGGCGUGGUUCUUGGAGAGUCAGGUGCUUUACAACACUUCUGAUUUUAAUGGCUUCUACAUAGAGCUCUGGAGGAAAAUACAGAUCUCUUCCUUGAGGGUUUUACAUGUGUGUGCUGUGUCCGUGGCUAGAAGCAUUUAUGGAGCCAGGGUGGACUGAUAUAACGGCACAUUUUUUUCCUUCAUCUGCCAUUCAUUUUCCAGCUCAUAUUGCCAACGGUAUUGAUCUUCUGUUUGUAGAGGUGUAGGCGGGGGGUGGGGAGAAAAAAUAAUCUUAAUAUCAAAUAACACUUUUGUGACCGUGGCGGGGGGGACGCUUCUAUGAAUAUCAAAAUCUGAAACCUACUCCUGCUUCUGUCUGUGCAAGAAUGUAUGUACAUCACAGCCUCUCAUCACAUAAACACACACACAAACUGGUGUGUUUGAGAUCCAGGGCCCUCCAUUUGCCUAUGGUGCAAGACUAGUCUUGAACUCUUCUCAUUAACUGCCCUGGCCUGUUCGAGACAUUGUGCGAAGUUUGUCGCUAUUUUUAGAUGUAUUGCUUUGAAUGUUGGCUUCGGCGAACAUGAAUUUAACGCUGCACGAGUUAAUGAUUAAGCCCUUUGAGGUUUUUCUGUUGGCUCUGGUGCCACGCUGCUUUACCGUGUGUGAGGGAUGACUGCAGCUGAAGGGCUGCCUCUCGGAGAGCAAGUAGCUGUGCCUUGCUGAUGCAACCGUUUCUUCUUCAUCCUACCCCAGCCCCAGCUUCUGCUGACCCUGCUAUCUGCAUGCAGUCAGGCAACUAGUGUUGGCAUCAGCCUAAAAAAACUGUGGUAGGGUGAGCCUGCCUUUUCAAGGGUAUAGUAGAUCAGAUGCGUGCAGCCUCUGCAUACCCAGUGUCCCCAGGUGUUUAGUUUUCAAUGCAUCUGUACUUGACGGCAUUAUGGAACGAUUCGCUGUUGUACUUGGAAUAAGGUGUUAUUUUUGACAUUGCUACUGUCAGGCACGGGCAGUAAAGACUCCACUGCGUUUGUAGAGCUCAUCAGAAUGUGUUGCUUAGAGUCCUUCGUUAAGUCCAUGUUCCUGAUAUCUGCAGCCUGAGCUGUCUGUGCCAAGAUCACCCACUGCGUUUGAGGAAUGAGCUGUUUUACACGUGGAGCUGACAGAGGGGUUAACACUUUUAACGCUAAAAACCCAAAGCAGGCUUUAAAGAAAUAAAAUGAGAUUAAAGCUGAUUUUGAUACUUCAUUCAAACAAUCUUCCAUUUGUGUGAUUUGCUGUUAGCAUUAUGUGUCCUUAGAUUUUUAAAACAUAUUUGGCUGACUUGAGACCGUGCACAAGUUUAAAAGGUUUGCAAGUACUAAUGUUUGCAUAUUUGCUGCGUAAAGAAAAGUUUAAAACCUUUUGAGCAUUUCUGAUGCCAAACUUCCUUGCAAAGAAACUAAUGUAGGUUUGGCAUUUCUCAAGUUUGUACAAAACUAAGGCAAUGUAAGACAUUUUAAAACUAAUUCUAAAUUAAAGGAAUUUCAAUCUCUCAAUCAUCAAAGCUCUCUGCACUCCUACAUUGUCAGUAGUCUUUAAAAGAAAAGAUCCAGGCUUUUUGUCAAUUUAAAUCCCUGAGGCUUCUUGCUAUAUCUGCUAUAUUGGGUUUUUCUGUUGUAAAAUCGUGAUUUGAUAGAGAGGGUAAGCCAUUUCGGGGGGAAUAAAAUGGAGAUGGCGACAGGAUUCUGCCUUAGAAAGUGCCUGUGCACUUUGUGAAUCUCCUUCAUGCUCACAGGGGCUUGAUCAGAGUCGCAGUGCGUUACUUGAGUCCAAAGUAAUACCAGGCAGCCAGGCACAAAGAUGAAAGCUUUGUGACCUGACCUGAGCAGCCUACCCCCUAAAGCAAGCAAUUACAACAUCGUUUGUGCAUGGUGCAGCUGAGAGGCAGUGGAAAAGCCCUGCAGCUACAGCUUGGCCAGACUAUCCGGCUCCUCUGUCACUGGGGAAGACUGUGAGAAGGGGGACUGAGUUCACUUGUAUUGCUCUUCAGUACAGGCAGCACCCUUUCCCACAACUAUUCAACAGGUAGCCUAGGUCAUCAACUGACUGCGGAAGAGCUUGUAAUGCAUCACUAGGAAUUAUUUUAGGCUUGUGUGUGUUUAAUGUGAUUAGCUUUUCUUUAAAGGUUGGUUUACAGCCACCAAGACAAAGCCAUCUUCAUCUCAGACACUUAGUUGCCCAAGAACCUUAACUUCCCCCCUCAAAGGGCAUUGCAUAUCCAAAGUCCUAUUAAAACCCUUUUCAUCUCCGUGCAUUGUUACACCACGAGACCUGGGUAAAGGUUUGAACCCUCGUUGAUUGAAAGACGGUGGCACUGUGUAGCUCACUGUGCCCCUGUAUAGCAGGGGUAUCUCAUCCUGGUCCUGGAGAGUUUCAGUCUGGCGAGUUUUGUAGUUCACCAUUAACAUCUGAAGAUGCAGAGCAGCUCCUUUGUGAUCAAUUAAACAGGUGAUCAUUAAAUCAUUAAGAAUCCAUUUAGGACUAAAAUAGAACUCCUCCUGAGUGCUUCUCUUAGUUGAACAGAUUACUUGCUUAACGGGUGUCCCUGGUCUCUGAAUGACUAAGCUAUCCAGGAGCACAGGGGGAGGUCCCUGCUGUAAACCCAGAGGCCUUGAGGCCAUCGUGAGGUGAAGUGAAAGCUGGGAAGGCUGCAGCACCUGUUGACUGAGGACCUGAGGGUGAUCUCAAAUGAAACACCACCAGCAUUGUGCUGCACAUUUUUGUUUUUGGACCACAUGGGAAAAGAGGGUCAGUCUUCAAGCUUAGCAGUGCUUGUUGCGGGAGAAUAUUGAUGGAUUUUUCCAUCUGCUGCUUCUGCAUCCUCAUGGUUUUGCUUUACCGGAGGCUUCAUUGCAUUUUCUUCAUCACUUUGGCCCUUUUGUUUUCGUUGGGGGGGGGGGGGGGGCACUUUAAAACCAUGGUCAGAAUAGAUAUGCUGGUUUUAAGAUUUUUAUUUCUGCCUGGUGGAAAUGCAGAAUUCGUACAGUAUAUGCACUCGCGUUUCAAAUCUGUUUUUGGCGGUGGGAGGUUGCUCAACAAGUUGGAGACCUUGCUGUGCAGCUGGUGGCCACACGAGGGGGCACUUCCUCACAGCAAUGGUGCCUGUGCCAGUGCACAGACUACCCAGCUCACUAACAAGGCAUUGCUUUCACAGCUGCUCUACAGAUUCUCAUUUUGACUUCAGGAGCUCUCCCAUUAUGAAGCCAAUUCUCCAUCUGCACAUUCAUGCAGUGGCAACAUGCAUCAAGGGCGACCAGCAAGAGACUGAAGUAUUGCAAUUGUUCUGUCUUGCAAACUUGCUGUCAGUGUUUUUCUUAAAACAAACUCUUGUCCUUCAUCUGAAUUGUGCUGACUGUUCAUGACUGGAUCCUUGUCCUUCUGAUGAGGACUUGCCAAAAACCAGUCAGCUGGAAAGUAUUGGAAGGAUAUAUGCUGUUACAAAUACGCUCUAAAAGUGCUUUUUUCAUGCAGUUUCAAAACCAAAAAAGGAAUAUUGACUCGAUCACUGUUCGUACUGUUUUCAGCAAACCUUUUCGGAAUUAAGGGGUUUUGUUCUCAUGUAAUUCUACAGAGUGAUUUUCGCCUGUUAAUUGAAUUGACACUGGAAGAGUGACUGUUGUGGUAGGUGGAGGUAUUGUCACCCUCUUUAAACCCUUAACAGUUAAAUCACUUUUAAAACUUAAAAAAACACAACUUGUUUUAUGCAGCACAUUAUGGUCUUUGGAAUGGCUUCAUUUUUGCAAAGACACCUGCUUUUCAGUCCCUUUGAUUUAAUCUUGCAGUUGCAUAGAUUAAUUUCUGGACUGGGCUGCAAGCAGUGCACAUUGCAGUUGCUGUUAAAAAGUAUUCACCCCCCUUGCAUAGGGAAAUGUGCACAAGAGAUGGAUCCAGGGCUGAUGGCAAAGAGGACAGAAUCAGAGACAGCUAUUGCAUCGCUAUUGGCCUCUUGUAACCCACAGCUGUAACUGAGUGUUAAUGCACACUGGAGCCGUGAGCUACCCCAGACUCUGUGAGAAACAGCUGAAACGCUGUCUGCUGGACAGUGCUGUUUGAAGGGUUUAAUGUUUUUUUUUUUCUUAAGGGAACCGAUGACUGUAUUUGACUGUUUCAGAAUGGAGACAGUUUGUGAAUAUUUCUUUUUCCAAAUGUAACCCAUUUGUGGGUCCAAGUAAAUUGUUGUAUUAAAAAAUAUAUAAAUAAAAGUGAAAUUCACCUUUU